AACGUUGUUUAUAAUUUAUAGUUUUUAAUUUUUAAAAGGAAAAAGAAGAUGGUCCAUUAAGUAAAUUCUGCCAAGAAAUCUUCCAUUCGGAAGUGUUAGGGAAAGAGUUCAUGAACGUAAUCGAACGUUCGAAACAAAUAACGUUAUUCGCGCCGACAAACGCCGCUUGGGAUGAAAGCAAUCUUCAAAAUCUUCUUAAGGAAGGAUCUAAAAUUAAAGAUGUCUUAACGAUGCAUCUAAUUCCCGACGAGGCCGUUUACAUCGAUCGAAUCGCCAAUAAAGAAGUCGUUCAAAAGGGCACUUAUAACAGCAAGAAGAACUUAUUCUUUUCCGUUAAUCAAAAUAAUCAUAAUCGUACGUUUAUGGUUGAAGGCGGUGGUGUUAUGGCCAAUAUCGUCCAACCAGACAUCGCGGCCAGUAACGGUGUUAUUCAUGUUAUCGAUAGGGUUUUAGGGUUCCCUUACACCACGAUUUUUGAUAAAUUAAAAUACGACUCUACUUUAAACGAUACUUAUGUGUUGGGUGCAAGAACUCGAGUUAACGAAUUAUUAAAUGAUACUUCAAGAAAAUUUACUUAUUUCGUUCCAAGUGCUAAAGCUUGGAAUCAAGCUCGAUUAGAUUUACCAUCGGCGAUAAAAAAAGUUUUUAUGCACGAAUAUAUUUAUCAGGCCGAACAAAUUUUAGAACGCCAUUUAGUCGUUGAUGAAGAAUCUUAUACGAUGCAAAAAUUAAAAUUGAUGGGAAAUCAAACGAAAGGGGUCGAUUUAAAAACGAUUCGAGAUAACAUCACAAUUUCAGUUGAAGAACAAAACAAUAACAGUUUUAUAAUUCAUUGGCAAGGAAAGAAGAUCCAAGUUUUUCGACCAAAUAUUGAAUGUACGAACGGAAUAAUUCACGUAAUUGAUUAUCCAUUCAUUGAUAAAGGGGAUAUUGUUGUUUCUAGUAUAUCCCCCCUUUCAAUAACACCACACCUUUUAACCCUAAUAGUAGCGAAGUAUUUGCUACUCUAAUAAAAUAAUGAAAGGGUAAAACUUAAAAUUUUCUGUCAUUCCCGCUCUGCGACGAGAGCUUUUUAGUCAAUUUUCCCUUACAUCCUUUCAAAAGGUUUAGAAAAAGACAAUAUUUUUUAAUCCCCUUAAAAAGAAAAAGACUAGAAAAAUUUUAAAUUCGCUAUACUUUUUAAUGUUGUGUUAAAAGGGGAGUUAUUGCGAAAUAAUCAAACGUUUCGAUUAAAAUAAUUAAAAAAAAACUUGACUGACUGUUAGUAUCUUUUAGAAUUUAUCCCUUUUCCUCCAAAAAAGAAGAAAGCUAUUUAUCAAAAUAUAUUACGGAAGAGAGAAAAAAAUAAAAAGAAAAAUAUAAUUUGUUCAUAUCUAAAAAAAUGCUAAUAUAUUUAUGGUGUAUUUAUUCUAAUUCUAAAGCGAAAUAACAAUACGAGUCUAUUGCGUGGUGUUUUUUGUAAA